AUGGCCCAAGCGGAGACAAUUGACGUUCCCACAUCUCCAUUACCCCCAUCACAGCCCGCCAAAACCUCUGCUCCGAGCCAACCCCAUAAGCCGGAUGAAUUGCCAAUAGAAAUUGUGUCACAUACUGUCAGCAGCAAUGGUAGCCAAGAGCAGCGGCAGACAACUACAAAUGCUUUGGAAAAUCAGGAUGACGAGGUGCAGUUCGUUUUCUCUGUCCCACGACGUAGGAAGAAGAAACGGAAGAGACUUGGAUCUUCAUAUAACUUGCCAAAUGCCAGCCAAGUUUCCAAAACUCCUGGAGAUGCUCCUUCUGGAGCCGCCCCUUCCACUUCAACACCAUCACAGAAAGCCCGGCGAAGAAGUACAGGCAUGGUCCAGCAAUUAGAAUCAUGUCAUCUUAGCGGACGAAUACCGGAUUCAGCAAAAAGUGGCUCUCUGCCCGCGAUCACUGCGAAUUUUCAGGCCGAUUUGACAACCCAUCCUGAGCCCGCCUGUAUCCCGUCGCCGAAUAUGGCAUUGCUACCUGCGCACUCUUCGUUGUUGCCGGAUUUGACUUCAUGGUGGAGCAAGCAGAUACCCCCAAUUCAAGACAAUGAUACGUUGGAAUUUGAUUGGUGUGGCAUGCCAUUUGCGGACGAGAUACUAAAGAGAAAGCAUGAAGGAGAACCAGAAGAACCAAGGCCCAGUCCCGCCGAACGACCACAAUAUGUUCAGUCUUCAGUUCAAGUCAACCCAGGAUUCUCUGACCCGGGAUCUUCUAGUACGGUCAAUGAAGGUACUUCAGACCCUUGGAGUAAUCCAAGUAUACAGGACCCCGCAGAAGCCCAUAUUCCAUCGGCAACCUGGUGGCCGGGUUUUCUGGGCACACCCGGCGUUCAUAGCUUUAUUCAGCCACAAUCCGCGUAUUUCACUGCCCCUUCAAGCAAUCUAAAUGCCGCGAAUCACCUGUGGCGCCGAAUAUCGCGACAACGAUCGUCGCAGAGUCCAUCUUCGCCACGGUCGUUUCCAAACCAGACAUGGCAGCAACAAACCAUCCAAGUUCCAGCAUCGCAUGUACCAGAGCAAAGCGUCUCUCCUCGAACUAAGACGGUCCAAGUAGUGAGAUCGCUCGACCCAACCCAACCUCAACAUCAACCAUCACCAGCUGCAACUUCAAGGAGUCCAGCCGUGCCCAGUUCACCGUCACGGUCAGCCAUGAAGCCCAACGAGGCAUCGUUGAACCCAAACCAUCAAGGUCCCCGUCAGAGACCACACUCCUCAUCCUUAGAGUUUCAGCAGAUUGGAUCUACUUCAGACCGCCCAACCCCAGCCGUAGAGCAUUUUAGACACGUGCACUCAAACCCAAACGAUAUCCUGCGAAAACCCUCUCUAUACAAAAUCCCCCCUUGGCCUUCUCCACAAAUAUCUCUCCAUCCUCCUCAGCCUUUGAUUACCGCUACACAUUCGUCAUCUUCUAACAUCAGAAAUGGCAUUUCGAAUAAUGCCCGGACGCCCAUUCAAUCAUUAGGCGCUCAAACUGCUUCCUCUCCCCCGGUCACCAACGGAACGCAGACUCCUCUUGGCCAGGAUAUGCAGGCUAACUCUCCUCCCUCAGUUGCACGGCUAUCAAAAUCUCGUCCCACAGCUACGGGUCAAGCCCAGGUUACGAGCUCAAGUCAAAUUCAAACAAGCCAAUCCACGCGCAAGCACUCGCCAAACCUAAUCGUAGACAUAGCCGAAACAUGCCAACAAAACUUCCCCUUUGCAGCCGUUGCGGAACGGCACAAACAGCCGAUCCAAAAAGUGUUUGAUACCUUCUCAGCCAUCAUUCAGCUCCCUCUCUUGCGAUCAGCGGCGGACCAUCGACGACAUGGCAGUUUAGGGAAGAGGAGGAUGAAGGAAUUCCGAGAUGCGAAGAAGGCAAUGGAGAAGGCACAGGAGCAGGAACGAAAGAGGGCUUUGAGGGAAGAGAAGAGGGCAGAGAGUGGAGAUUUAGGAAUGCAUAAAAAAGCAAAAAAGGGACCCGGGCUCUUGAAGGCUGCUAUACUGAACAAUGCGCGGGAGAAGGAGGGCAGUGCUGCGUCAUGA